GUAAGUUGUAGAGCUUGCAUUCCAUGUGGGACAUGCCGCAUGCGUCAACCCGAUUUAGCUCUUGGAGAAGCACAAUUCCAUAACAAGGUUUUACCUUCCUGUCUAUAAGGUCUCUACCACGAAAAGAAGUUGUAACAUGCUAAAAGAAAUGAUCAAGACAGUACCGUUCGUUGAGAAUUUGUACGAUCAACUUCCCGUUUUAAUCGUCAUCGUCAACUCGUAUAGGUGUAACAACUGUGAUAACUGAAGGCAGUAUUCUUUGUUUCCACGAAAACGUAAAGAGAAACCGACUCUGCAGGUGGGAGCAUGAACCGUGCGUGAAAAUUCUCCAUAAAUUUGGAAGGUUUCAAAAGGACCAAUCUUGAUCAUGUCACUGAAACGGAAAGAGUCCAAUAACAGAAAAAACCUCACGCCCAGUCCGGAUUACGAAACACUAUCUGAUGUGAUAAAGACAGGUUAUUUAAAGAAGUUGAAGACCUCGAAGAAGAAGUUUUUUGUGUUACGAACUGAUUCUUCUUCGGGUCCAGCCCGUCUGGAGUACUAUGAUAGCGAGAAAAAAUGGAGACUCGGAGCAUCAUCGAAACGAAACGUUUAUCUGAGGGCUUGUUUCAAUAUCAACAGGAAGAUGGACACUCGCCAGAAGUUUGUCAUUGCCUUGCACACUAAAUAUGAUUGUCUCUCUGUAGCCAUGGACACUGAAGAAGAACUCGAAGCUUGGCUGACGGCCAUGUUGGAGCUACAGCAGGGAAUAACAGAAGAGAACAGACAAAAUAAGCCCAAACCUACUUUUGAGCAUGUUUGGCAAGUGAUCGUAAAAAACAAAGGACUAGGAACUACUAAGAAUAUUACAGGCCCUUAUCGUCUUUGUCUCUCAGCAAAUAUCUUAAGCCUCGUCAAAGUGACACUGAAAGACGACGAAACGGAACCCAUUGCGUUCCCUUUAGUAACAAUUCGUAGAUGUGGACACUCUGACUGUUUCUUCUUCAUGGAAGUUGGCCGCUCAGCAGUAACAGGAGCCGGAGAGUUAUGGAUGCAAGCAGAAGAAAAUCUGAUUUCCCAGAACAUGCAUGAAACAAUCCUAAAUUCCAUGAAGUCCUCAAGAAAUGUUGAAGACUCUUUGUCAAUAAAUCGUGUUAGAAGUUCAUCUACCUGUGAAAACAGCAAAUUUAGCUCAUCUUGGAGAUCAUCUAUCAGCUCAGAAUGGACCUCCAUUGGAACUUCUUUGGCUGAUCCCUGUGACCAUAUUGUACCUCGAACAUCAAAACUAAGUGAAAGUUGCAGUGAAGUUGGAAGUAUAAGCCUUGAUGAAGCUUGUUCCUUAGACAGUGUAACCAGUAAUCUAUCCAUAGAUGCACCUGAAAAUCAUUAUGUCUGCCAGACCUUCAGAUGUUCCAGUUUUCCUUCACCCGAGUUUCAGGCUGAAAUAUGUGAAGACUACUUGCCAAUGGACCCACAAACAG